GUGAGAACAAGUGUCAGAUGUGAGUUCAGUCCCUUGCAGGGACACAGCCUAAACUCCCACUGGAGCUGUUUGUACUGGGCCAGUAGCCUGUGGGUGGGAGGGGUCACGUGAUGCAGGAGUGCUGCUGGCUGCUUCCUUGCACAGUUAGGCAAAGCUGCUUCUCUGCAAAGUUUUCACAGCCCAGCAGAGAGGGUCAGAGACUGAGAGCCACCUGCACUGUGUGGGGGCCACAGGAGGCUCCCUGCUACUUAGCUGGGAACACAGAGCUCAAUGGGUGAUGACAGGCUGAGCUGUUUCAUGGGGACCUGUGAAAUCUCUCUCUUGGCAAAGGUUACCUAUGGAGUUGUGAUCCAGUCUGUUCUGUAAAUCCACAUCAAUGCACUUUAAUGAGGAGCUGCUUACACAGUUACUGUCUGCUACUUCUGGUAAGUGAUACACUGUAACAACUACGCAAUAAGAAUUGUUAUUGGCAAGUGAUAUAUUGUAACCAACACACUAAUUGUAAUAAGAAUUGCUAUAUAUGGCAAGUGAUACAUUGCAAUAAGAAUUGAUAUAUAUGGCAAGUGAUACAUGGCAAUAAUAAUUGUUAAAUGUGGUAAGUGAUACAUUGUAAUCAAUACACCCAUUGCAAUAAGAAUUGUUAUAUAUGGUUAGUGAUACAUUGCAAUAAGAAUGCUAUAUAAGGCAAGUGAUACAUUGUAAUCAAUACACUCAUUGCAAUAGGAAUUGUUAUAUAUGCCAAGUGAUACAUUAUAAUAAUAAUUGUUAUAUAUGACAAGUGAUACAUGGCAAUAAUAAUUGUUAUAUGUGGUAAGUGAUGCAUUGUAAUCAAUACACUCAUUGCAAUAAUAAUUGUUAUAUAUGGCAAGUGAUACAAUGUAACCAAUACACUCAUUGCAAUAAGAAUUGAUAUAUAUGGUUAGCGAUACAUUGUAACCAAUACUCAUUGCAAUAAGAAUUGAUAUAUAUGGUUAGUGAUACAUUGUAAUCAAUACACCCAUUGCAAUAAGAACUGAUAUAUAUGGUUAGCGAUACAUUGUAACCAAUACACUCAUUGCAAUACGAACUGAUAUAUAUGGUUAGUGAUACAUUGUAAUCUAUACUCAUUGCAAUAAGAAUUGUUAUAUAUGGUUAGUGAUACAUUGUAAUCAAUACACUCAUUGCAAUAAGAAUUGUUAUACAUGGCAAGUGAUACAUUGCAAACAAUAUACUCAUUGCAAUAAGAACUGAUAUGUAUGGUUAGUGAUACAUUGUAAUCAAUAUACCCAUUGCAAUAAGAACUGAUAUAUAUGGUUAGCGAUACAUUGUAACCAAUACACUGGUGGCAAUAAGAAUUGUUAUAUAUGGUUAGUGAUACAUUGUAACCAAUACACUCAUUGCAAUAGGAAUUGAUACCUAUUCUUAGUGAUACACUGUAACAAGUAAACUUAAUGCAGCAAGAAUUGUUAAAAUAUGGUUUGUGAUUCACUGUAAGUGUAACAGGAAUUGCUACAUAUAGUAAGUGAUAGUUUGUAACAUCUGCACUCAGCACAAUGAUGGUUUUUGUAGGAGUUCCCCAAUUUGAAAAGCUUUAUUCUAAUUGUGCAGCAUAGUAAAAUCUGGUAUUGGGAUUCUGUCUGUUAAUCAAUGGGUUAAUUCACUGAUAUUCUGGAAUGCUGUCAGGAGACUGGCCGGUGUUGAUAUACCAUAGAUAGACCUUAAUUCAUCAUAGUGACAGGAGGUAGGUGACAGUUCUGCUUUUAUAGUAUUUGCAGAUAUUGACUUAUAUAAUAUAGGGAGAUAAGUCAGGGGACCUUAUCAGUACUGUCUAAAGGUGAGAGAAGUGUAUUAUUAAUAAUACUGACAUGGGGAUGCCUAGCCUAUCAUAUCAAUAAUACUAAAAGGAGAUAUGUGACUGUCAGUGAUGGGAGAUUGUCUGCAUGUAUUAUGGGAGCAGAGACCAGAGCAGUGUGUGCUAGUAGUGUUGGCUGGAAGUAGGAAAGCAGGGUGACAGGUCUGUAUCAAUAAUACCGGCAGGGUGACUGGUCUGUAUUAAUAAUACCGGCAGGGUGACUGGUCUGUAUUAAUAAUAUUGGCAGGGUGACAGGUCUGUAUUAAUAAUACUGGCAGAGUGACAGGUCUGUAUUAAUAAUACCGGCAGGGUGACAGGUCUGUAUCAAUAAUACUGGCAGAGUGACAGGUCUGUAUUAAUAAUACUGGCAGGGUGACAGGUCUGUAUUAAUAAUACUGGCAGAGUGACAGGUCUGUAUUAAUAAUACUGGCAGAGUGACAGGUCUGUAUUAAUAAUACCGGCAGGGUGACUGGUCUGUAUUAAUAAUACCGGCAGGGUGACUGGUCUGUAUUAAUAAUACUGGCAGGGUGACUGGUCUGUAUUAAUAAUAUUGGCAGGGUGACAGGUCUGUAUUAAUAAUACCGGCAGGGUGAUAGGUCUGUAUUAAUAAUACUGGCAGGGUGACAGGUCUGUAUUAAUAAUACUGGCAGAGUGACAGGUCUGUAUUAAUAAUACUGGCAGAGUGACAGGUCGGUAUUAAUAAUACCGGCAGGGUGACUGGUCUGUAUUAAUAAUACUGGCAGGGUGACAGGUCUGUAUUAAUAAUACUGGCAGAGUGACAGGUCUGUAUUAAUAAUACUGGCAGAGUGACAGGUCUGUAUCAAUAAUACUGUCAGGGUGACAGGUCUGUAUUAGUAAUACUGUGAGGGUGACAGGUCUGUAUUAAUAAUACUGGCAGGGUGACAGGUCUGUAUUAAUAAUACUGGCAGGGUGACAGGUCUGUAUUAGUAAUACCGGCAGGGUGACAGAUCUGUAUCAAUAAUACCGGCAGAGUGACAGGUCUGUAUCAAUAAUACUGGCAGAGUGACAGGUCUGUAUCAAUAAUACUGGCAGAGUGACAGGUCUGUAUUAAUAAUACUGGCAGGGUGACAGGUCUGUAUUAAUAAUACUGGCAGGGUAACAGGUCUGUAUUAAUAAUACUGUCAGGGUGACAGGUCGUAUUAAUAAUACUGGCUUGGUGGCACAUCUGUAUUAAUAAUACUGGCAGGGUAACAGGUCUGUAUUAAUAAUACUGGCAGGGUGACAGGUCUGUAUUAAUAAUACUGACAGGAGAUGCGUGAAUGAAUCUGAGAGUGUGCAUCGUGUGUGACAUCAUCUGAAUGGAUCUGAUUACCUGUAUCAUGUGUAUUACAUCAUCUGAAUGGAUCUGAUUACGUGCAUUGUAUGUAUGACAUCAUCUGAAUGGAUCUGAUUACUUGCAUCGUGUGUUUUGAAAUCAUCUGAAUGGAUCUGAUUACAUGCAGUGUGUGUGUUUGACAUCAUUUGAAUGGAUCUGAUUACAUGCAUCGUGUGUAUGACAUCAUCUGAACAGAUUUGAUUUCGUGCCUUGUGUGUAUGACAUCAUCUGCAUGGAUCUGAUUACGUGCAUUGUGUAUGUGACAUCAUCUGAAUGGAUCUGAUUACGUGCGUCAUGUGUAUGACAUCAUCUGAAUGGAUCUGAUUACGUGCAUUGUGUAUGUGACAUCAUCUGAAUGGAUCUGAUCAUGUGCAUCGUGUGUAUGACAUCAUCUGAAUGGAUCUGAUUACGUGCAUCAUGUGUGUGACAUCAUCUGAAUGGAUCUGAUUACGUUCAUUGUGUGUGUGACAUCAUCUGAAUGGAUCUGAUUACAUGCAUUGUGUGUGUUUGACAUAAUUUGAAUGGAUCUGAUUACAUGCAUCGUGUGUAUGACAUCAUCUGAGCAGAUUUGAUUUCGUGCCUUGUGUGUAUGACAUCAUCUGCAUGGAUCUGAUUACGUGCAUCGUGUGUAUGACAUCAUCUGAAUGGAUCUCAUUACGUGUGUCAUGUGUAUGACAUCAUCUGAAUGGAUCUGAUUACGUGCGUCAUGUGUAUGACAUCAUCUGAAUGACAUCAUCUAAAUUGAUUUGAUUACAUGCAUCGUGUGUAUGACAUCAUCUGUUUGGAUCUGAUUACGUGCAUAGUGUGUAUGACUCAUCUCAAUGGAUCUGAUUACGUGCAUCGUGUGUUUGACAUCAUCUAAAUUACAUCAUCUGAAUAAAUCUGAUUAUGUGCAUAGUGUGUGUGACAUCUGAAUAGAUCUGAUUACGUGAAUCAUGUGUUUGACAUCCUCUGAAUGGAUUUGAUUACGUGCAUCGUGUGUAUGACAUCAUCUGAAUAGUUCUGAUUACAUGCAUCUUGUGUAUGACAUAAUCUGAAUGGAUCUGAUUACCUGCAUCGUGUGUAUGACAUCAUCUGAAUAGAUCUGAUUACCUGUAUCAUGUGUAUGACAUCAUCUGAAUGGAUCUGAGUACGUGCAUCGUGCGUAUGACAUCAUCUGAAUGGAUCUGAUUACAUGCAUCGUGUGUAUGACAUCAUCUGAAUGGAUCUGAUUACAUGCAUCAUGUGUAUGACAUCAUCUGAAUGGAUCUGAUUACGUGCAUUGUGUGUAUUUGACAUCAUCUGAAUGGAUCUGAUUACAUGCAUCGUGUGUAUGCCAUCAUAUGAAUGGAUCUGAUUCCGUGCAUUGUGUGUGUGACAUCAUCUGAAUGGAUCAGAUUAUGCGCAUUGUGUGUAUUACAUCAUCUCAAUGGAUCUGAUUACGUGCAUCGUGUGUAUGACAUCAUCUGUUUGGAUCUGAUUACAUGAAUAGUGUGUAUGACAUAAUCUGAAUGGAUCUGAUUAUGUGCAUAAUGUGUAUGACAUCAUCUGAAUGGAUGUGAUUUCAUGAAUAGUGUGUAUGACAUCAUCUGAAUGGAUCUGAUUAUGUGCAUAAUGUGUAUGACAUCAUCUGAAUGGAUCUGAUUACGUGCCUUGUGUGUUUGACAUCAUCUCAAUGACAUCAUCUGAAUAGACCUGAUUAAGUGCAACGUGUGUAUGACAUCAUCUGAAUAGACCUGAUUAAGUGCAUUGUGUGUAUGACAUCAUCUGAAUGGAUCUGAUUACGUGCAUUGUGUGUUUGACAUCAUCUUAAUGAAUCUGAUUAUGUGCAUCGUGUGUGUCCAUAAUCUGAAUGGAUCAGAUUACCUGCAUCGUGUUUAUGGCAUUUUAUGAAUAGUUCUGAUUACGUGCAUCAUGUGUGUGACAUUAUCUGAAUGGAUCUGAUUACGUGCAUCGUGUGUGUGACAUAAUCUGAAUGGAUCUGAUUACGUGCAUCGUGUGCAUGACAUCAUCUGAAUAGAUCUGAUUAUGUGCAUCGUGUGCAUGACAUCAUCUGAAUAGAUCUGAUUAUGUGCAUAGUGUGUAUGACAUCAUCUGAAUAGAUCUGAUUACAUGCAUCGUGUGUAUGACAUCAUCUGAAUAGAUCUGAUUAUGUGCAUAGUGUGUAUGACAUCAUCUGAAUAGAUCUGAUUACGUGCAUGCGUAUCUGCCCAUAAAUGAUUUGUGACCUUCCAUAAUGUUGCCACCACCAGAAAAGACACUAUAGAUCAUAUCUUUAUAUUUAUCAUUUAUAUCAUACCUGACCAUGUCGACCUCAUGUUUCUUUGGAAAAAAUUUUUUGGGGAACACUUAAGUGAAAAAUUCACGUUUCACUGUGACUACUGGUCGAUGCACGUGCCUAGCAGGCUCUGAAUACAGUUCAUUAUGGUUGCAAAGCUUUAAUUCUCAAGCUAAAAUGACAGACAGCACAAAAAGAGAUGGCGUUUUUGGAUAAGUGGAAUUUAUCCUUUUCCUGCCUGUUGUUUCAUAACCUGUUCUGUUGUUGAUGUACAGAGUUCCUGCUUGCAGGCUGCAGUGCAAUGCUCAUUUAUAAACAAGCCAAAUGUUUAGAAAUGUUUAAAGGAACACUAUAGUCAUCCAGAUGUCAGCAGGCAUGUUAUCGUUUUCAAAGGCGGAGCAGGCCGCUGUUGGUAACUUUGUGAGUAAUCUUUAUUUUACUUACUUUUUAAAUGCAAAGGGGCAUGGAGAGAAGGGUACCUAUAGUCCCCAAAUCAUUGCUAUUGCUAUUUUUGGGAGGUUUAAGAUUUGUUACCCAGAUCCUUCUGUCCUGUUAUCUAGAACACCCUUCCUUUCAAGGAGGUUUUGCUGUAUAUAACAGAGCUCCCGAUCAAUCUCACAUUUUAUAAAUUAGUUUGUGCGAACAAGAUAGUUUUGCUUGCUAGUUAACUAAAUGGUUGUCACUGGGACAUAAAAACUAUAAAUCGGGGUACAUAUCGGGGUGUAUAGAGUUCAAUGAAGUUUCCUACCUUACCUAUAUGUCGUUUAAACGACCAUUUUUAAAUCUGGUUCUCUGAAUGAGUCCGACUAAAUGUGGCCGCUUUAUUUCCAUUGGCAAGGCCGUCUUCAGUUUCAUUCACCAACUCAUGCAUUAAGACUUUAUUUGGACUGUAUUUGAGAGUUGCAAUUGUUCUGUUAUUCUGAGGUUCAUUCUGCUGCGCUUCAGCAGUUUCGAUACCAAGAAAGGGAAAAGAAAAGUUCAGGCUUUUUGGCCUUUGUGGUAAAGAAGUCUUUUGUUCUUUUCUUUUAUUUAUUCAGUUGGUUGCGUUCCAUCUAUACUGUGUCAAUCAAUCUUAGUUCUAUUUGUGUGACUCCGUUUCCAUUAUAUCAUUAUCAUGUCGGUUUUGGACUAUUCAUUCCAAACACAUUAAAAUUUGGAUGGAAUUCACUGCCUCAUAACGUGUUCUUUCCCAAAGGAGAAAUGUUACUAGUGUUGUGCCUGGCAAGGUUAUUCAAUAAAGUGUCAAUUACUGUGAAGUCAAAGUAAAGUUAGCAUUUUAGGGCAAAAUAAGUGAAGUAUAAAAAAAAAAAUUGCAAUAGCUUUUGCCUAAAAUGUGGACUUCAGGUGAUAAAUCAAUCCGGAAUUCUGCGUAUACAUUCUCCAUAAUGUAGGGCAGCAUUUUCAUGUGCUGUCAAUCAACAUGUUAAAAUGAAGUCCCGCAAACCCUUUAUAUACAUAACUGAGAUACACAAUGCUUGCUCUGCAGGUAUUUUAUAAAACAGCUAGUAAAGGAAACGUCAUAGUAACCACACCCUUCAAAUUACACUUGGUGUUUUUGAUUCCUAUGGAAACUAUAGAGUAUUAGUAUUAAAACAAAGAAUACAUUUUAACUAUUUCAUUUAACACUAUCACUAGUUCAAUUCUUUGUGGGAGCAUUAAAUGAGUCUUUCCCUUGUGUCGGGACAAGUAGAAAUCACCUUGCUAGGUCUACUUAGGUAUCGGGUAAAUAAAUUUAACAGUAACAGACUUUUAAGAUUUGCACUGAAGCAAUUAAUAAAGUGCUAGACUUGUGCUAGCUCUUCCCCUGAUCUGCCUCAUUGGCAAUCUUAGCCAAGCCAAUGCUUUCCUAUGUGAAAGCAUUGUGAUUGGCUCACAACAAAACUUCUGAUAAUGUCAGCCAAGCAGGCAGAUCAGGGACAGAGCCAUCAGCAGCAGACUGUAUCAAAAGUAAGAUUUUACUAUAUUUUGACGUGUCUGAUCCUAUAGUGUUCCUUUAAAGUCAAAAUAAAAAAUGUAAAUUAUAAAUCUACUUUCAAUUCACUUUAUAUUUAAGCCAAUUUCCAUUUUAGAAUGAAGCUGUAUAUAAGCACUUCCUCUGUUGUGGUUAUUUGCUAGUGGGAGCUUCAUGCAAUCAAAGUAAGUUUCAUACGCUACAAUAUAUUUAGUAGUAACUCCAUGUGUCUUUAAAAGUAUCCUUAAACCUUGGAAUAUCUUGCUCAUUCCUGAGUAUUACCCCCAUCAUGUUGAAGCCAUAAUUCUCAUAUGCUCCUCUUGGAAUCCUUCUUGCCGUGGUUUUAUUUGUCAUGAAAACUGCCAAUAAAGGUAUUUUCAUAACAACCACACCCAUCAGUUAAGAUUAUGUGACUAUUUCCCCUUUGCAAUUUGCCGGGUGUGGUUGUUAUAAAGAUUUAUUACUAGUUUUAGAGGUCCACUCGCACAGAAUGUAUCCUGAAUAACCUUCUCCACCUCCUGGUUAAAAAUGUUUUCAUCCGCCUUACUAAGUUCUAUCUCAGCUACGGCUCCACUUGGAUGGCACUUGAAAUGGACUCCCUUUUGGAAUUGAGAUCCUUAUUUUGUAAUCACUGUUUGGUAGGGCUUCUUUUGGACUAGGCAUGAUGAUAGGAAGAAAAAUUCCAUUCACAUACCCCUCCAGAUCAUAGUAGCAGACAUGGUUACUCAAUGAGAAAACAAGGGUGGUUUUGCAAGCAUCUUUUAUAAAUCAUACUUCGUGCAAGAAAUUGGUAUUCUGUUCUGAGUUGUUUUUUUUAAAUUUUUAUCAAGGGUGUCCUAAAGAAGAAAACGUGUUACUAUUUUUCUGGCUCUAUUAUAAUCGGGGAAAAUGAUAUUUCUCUCCCCUUUAGGUAUUGGGGCGAUCUUUUUAAUCUGCAUUAGUUGAGUCUAAUAUUUUGAGACAAACUACUGAAUUGCCAAUAAUUAGAAAUUAUAGGUCUAAACUUUGUUCUGGUUUACUCGUUUGUAUCUGAUGUCUAGCACAUUCCACUGAAGACAGUGAUUUCAUCUAUUAUUUGAAUGUCUGUGACUCACAUGGAGCUAUUUCAUAUUGCAUUUUAUGGGUAGUUUGCAAGAUCAGUCUGGGAAAGGGUUUAGGUGACAUAAAACCAAAACAAUGCUAAGAAUGUUUGCCUCUUUUUGAUACUCAAUUUUAACUUCAAUAGUUAUUCCAAAUUUUUAGGAAUAGUGUGAUAUAUUCAAAAUGGAAACAUGCAUGUAUCUCUUGUCUGCUGCCUUUGCCAGUCCUCCUCUUUUCCACAGCCCAGACUUUCUGUGGCUGUCCAACUACAGACUUACCAAUGCAGCUCAGUAAGAAGUCUUUGCACGGCAGGUGAUCUGGACCAGUGCCAGCUUCUUGAAUUUAUCAGAACUACGAUAAACAACCAGGAAGUAACAGGACUGGUUGCAUGAUUGACAGCCAGGGGGGUGUAACAAGGUUUCUUUAAAAAAUUGUCAAAUUUCUUUUGAAAUAUUUCUUUUGAAAUAUGCACUUUUAUGUAAAAUGGAAAAAAAAGAGCACGCACUAUUCCUACAUAAAGUGUUUCAGCAAGAUAAAGUGGAGGUCCGGAGUGUCCUUUUAAUCGUCAGGGAGAGCUCUCCCAGAAUCAUAUGCAGUGGGUUGGUUCUCAGUUUACUACAGAAACUUCCAGAGCCCAGAGUUAAUAAUCUCGUGUUUAAAAACUUUCUAAUUUCCCCCAGCGGCUCUGCUUUGCUCUCCAUGAUUGGGGUGUGCCUGACUUUUGAUCUUGAAUCGCCCAAGCAAAGCAUCACCUCGUUCAUUUCCUUUGCUUCCACAAUUAGGUAUUUAAAAGAACAGAAGUAAGAAACAGAACAUGUUCCAUUGAAGUUUAAAUCUGAGUUAUAAAAUAUGAAAUAAAAAAUAGAUGCAAAAGAAAGAAAAUAUCCACUGUCAUUUAGUUUUAAAGGUGCAUUCCUGCAAUUAGUACAGUAUUUAAAUAAAAACAUAUAUUUCUUGCAUGCCCAAAUUUGUUUUAUAAAUGGCGGUGGGGGGGCUGAGAAUACAGCAUUAUGCAUCUUAACGCUGUGUCCUCUGCCCCACCCACUCUGUAUUUAUCUUUAGCUCCCUGUAUGUCCAAUAAUUCAGUUUUGCAUGUCAUCAACUGGCACAGCAAAGGCCUCUGGGAGUGGCAAUCCACUUAGCAGCCUUAAUAGAGGAAAGCUGAUAUAUAUAACUACAAGUCCGAGAAAGCCUGCUUUUUCUGGUUUGAGUGGAGCUGAAAGUUAGUUCGUUCACAGAGAGCUAGUCACAUCCUUGCCUUACACUUUAACCCUUACAAGGUUAAAGUUAAACAUAUUAGAAUUAGAUGUUGAUUAGUGUUGAGUUAAACAUGCACACCAGAAUUAAAUUGAAAAAAAAACAAAACAAUGUUUUUAACAUAGUGUGUGAAUUUGCACUAAAAUAAGGAGUAUUGUUGUUUGCUUUAAUUGUUUUGGUUUGGUGGUUUUCGCAUAAUAUUUAUUAUCUAUUGAGUGCAUAAAGAAUGGAUAUUUUCUGCCUUGGAAUGCCUGUUUAAAUAGCAUGUACAAUCAGAGCCCUGUAUCUAGUUCUCUUCCGUUUGUGUGUGUUUUCCAAUCUGGGUGGCUUAGACUGAUAAUACAUAAAAUCCAGAAAAGUAAAAUAUUAAACUUCUAAAUCGAUUACAAUUUGUUUCACAGCUAACUUGUCGUACAGGCCAUGUUACAGAUGUCCAAUAUCAGGGCUUAACAAACUAUACUAGAAUUUAGAAUUGUAAGUACAGAGGAAAACAAUUGUGAGUGUGUGUACGUAUAUGUGCAUGUGUAUGCUGUGUGUAUAUAUGUAUAUGUGUGUAUAUGUGUAUGUAUAUAUAUAUAUAUAUAUAUAUAUAUUGGUAGAGAAGGAGAAGAGAUGGGAAAUCAUCAGAUUUGUCCAUAGAUCUUGGUGGAGAAGCAAGCUGUGUCUCGGCACUGUGGUGGCAGAGACAGCUUUCUCCACUCCCUUGCAUUGCCACUUGCUGUACUCAGGCUCGCCUCAGGAUGAUGUGAUGUCAUAUCACUUCCCCUUGGUGGCGCUAUUCAGGAGGGCUUUUAGGAGUGCAAAUAGAGUGGGGAAAAUUGUCCCUACUACUGCCCACAAAGGGAUCAUUUUCCCACACUAAUGUCACAUAAAAUGCAGCAUAUCUAUUUCUAUCUCUUCACAACAAAGGCCAAGCCAAUUCAACUCAAUUAUGCAUUUUAGUUUUAACCCUGCGAUGUAAAACAUUGUAACUUUUAAGAAACUGCAGUGUUUACAUUCCAGGGUUAAAUCCACCUCUAGCGGUUGCCACUUCUGCAGCACUAAUUAAGUAAAACUUGGCCAUGUGACACAUAAUCCCCAAUGGGAAAGCAAUACAUCCCGCAUGCGCAUCAGGUCCCCAGUACUCCUGUAUGAGGGGCAUUGGAUUGGACACUACCUUUUCCAUAACAUCGCUAGAGGCGGAGAGGUAGCAAGUGAAGGGUUUUAUCUAACUAUAUGGACAGGAAUACUAAAUCAUUGUUAAGAGAGGUUUCUAUACCUAAUGCUUUAGUGUUCCUUUAAAUUGGCAGCAGUGUGUGCAUUAGGAGAGAUGUUUGAUCUCUUCGGACAUACAGGAAGAACUUAGACUCCAUGUCCAUUUUCGUGCCUUGAAUUUGUCUGUGACUGCUCUGGUUUCUGUGAAUGAGCUUUGUGCAAAGAAAUAGGAGCAUAUGUUUUUUUGUUUUUUUUCUAGUAUGGUGAAAUAGAUUUAAAAAAAAUCUCUAACUUGAAAAUAAAACAAAAGUAUAGAAGACUCUGUGUUAUUAUAGCCAUUAUUACAUUUCACCUAAAAACUAAUGACUCUGCUUUAAUCUGAGCUACGUAUGAUAAAAUUACAUUUUUUUUAUUUUAGCGCUUCUUUAUAGAACAUUUCAAAUAUCUGUAAAGAAAAUUAUGCUUCCCAUUUAGAGACUUAGAAUCAUUUCCCCCGGGAGGCUUCUGUAACAUACCACAUUCUGAAACUCUUCACUCUUAAUGUGGACAUCAGUGGAAGCUAUGAGUCAAACAGCGGAAAUAUAUGAAUUAUUGGCUGUUCAGAACCAUUCUAAACACCUGCAAAAACAUCCAUUUAAUUUAUGUGGUCUCCAAGGAAUGGCCUUGCCGUGUCUAUGGGAUAUAAUUAAAUUAUUUCGCAUUUGUUUGUACAUUGUUGAAUGCAUGAGUGCUUUAUAAGCGAUUUUUGGUUGUUUCUUUUUAAAUUUUAAGUUCAUGAGUUGGGAGAAACCCGUUGAACAAUUUUAAGUUCUGACCAGGAGAUCACCAUUGCUGUCUAUCAUAGACACCAUUGCUGUCUAUCAUGUAUCAUGAUACAUGCUGAGACCAAUAAAGCCUUCAAGAUAUAUUGUUUUUCCCAGUAUUAUCCAAGAGUUUUCCUUCACCAAGCCCGGCCCAUAGACAAGGACUAUAGGGAAUAUAGAUCCAACAAUGGACCAAUGAGACAUCAUAAUAAGCAGUGGUUUGGUUUAUGGACCCAACACCGAUGAUGUUUUUAGCUGUUUUUACACUAACCUUUAAAAAAAAUAAAAAUUAAUAUUUAAUUUUUGUUAAGUUUUUAGUUAACAGUAAGCAUUCACAUCAUGCCAGCAGUUGCCAAUUAUACAGUAAUACAAAAUACCAUAUUAAAAUACAACAAGGAAAAUGCAAUUAAAAAAGGUAAAUACAAUAAAGUAAAUGAGUACAGGUACUCCUCACUUACCGACCGGGCUCCGUUCCUACGACCUGGUCGUAGAACGAGUUGGUCGGUAAGUGAGGAGUUAAGGGAUUCCCUGCUCUGGUACGCAAAUUUCCCUGAACAUAGAUUAGAGGGAUUCCCUGCCCUGUUGCAUUUGUCUAUGUUCGUGGAAAUGUCCCUGAACAUAGAUGAAUGCAGCAGACCGGGGAAUCCCUCUAAUUCCCACGACGGCUUGCACCUACCACCCCAUGAGAGAGCUGGUCGUAAGUGCAAGCCGUCGUAAAACACGUAGGUCGCAAAACGAGGACCACCUGUAGGCAAAACACUUAUGUGAACACCAAAUUUCUGUUUUUUUCCUCUUCCUUUCCCUGGAGCACCCCAUCACGGACCAUCCAAUAGCAAUGUACUCUGCUUUAUGCAGACUGGCUUCUCAGUCUCCUCCUUCUCCUUUUCCCAAGGUAAUCUGACCCUUUUAUUGUCACCAAUCUCUCUCUUUAUACAAUUUUUCCAUCAUUCUGUAUGACCUCUGUUCGUACAGGUUUGUUCAUUGUAAUUUAAGUUUUACCUUGGACACUGUAGGCGCUACAGGUGACUUCCAGCUCUAUGCUACUCAAGAUUUUGCCACCCCUAAAAUAGGGGCCAUUAGGUUUACUCUUACCCCUUCCACCUCUUGUGGAAUAGAUGUGGGAGAAAAUCUCCGGUUGAAGUGGAAAUGUGAGUGCUGAACACGUUUUUAUCAAAGACUGAAUACAUUCACUGUACAGGACCAAAAUCAAUGCAGGAGUGUACCUCUCUUUUUGUGACACCACCAGCAAGUUGCUGAUGCACCUGGUAGGCAUUUCUGCAUUAAGUACUAACUCAUGGUUAACUUGCAGUUCAAUUUCUAAUGGUUUAAGCAUUUAGAUGCCUUGAUCAUGUGGUUAGGAGACUUUAUGUUUCGGGAGGGAUUUCACUGCCUGGAGAAUUUCCUUGGUCCUGGCUGCGUUACUUAGCUGGCGGGCACAGCGGUCGCAGGGGUCCGCAGGGUGGCCGGGCUCCCUUGAGUGGUGGGCCCAAUUGCAGCUGCGACCCCUGCGACCCCUGCAACCCCUGCGACUGCGGUAGUUCCGCCACUGCCCACAACUUCUUAGACCAAGAUUUACUAAUAGUAAAAGUUCAUUUUCAAGUGGUUUUCUCACGGUGGAGCUCAAAGUACAUACACGGAGAUAUUGAAAAGAUCAUAAAGGGGAAGAAUAAAGGGCAAAUCAAGCUGUAAAUCCCCGACAGACAGAUGUUAAAGAACUAGAAUGCUUUGGAGAAUAGUGAGCCUUUUUGUUAAGUCUCCAAUGAUGAGACGACUAGGAAUAAUCACAGCUGAGAGUUCUGAAAUGAAGGAGCAGUCUGUGUGUUCUGUGGACAUUGUAAGAGACUCCACAUUUAGUAGUCACAUUGAUUAAAUACUAAACGAAGCCUGGAGUCUAUAGACUGGAGUCUAUAAUUUGUUCACCACUGCUUUAUGCAAUAUAAACACCUACAAAAUGAAGGCAUAUGAAGUCUAUCCAGAACAGGGAUAUUUGUGUGGUAUAGGGCAUGUGCAACAGACAAAAUAUAAUAAUUGUAUUUUUAUAUUGAAUAAUAUCGUCAACUCAUUGCAAUCAAUAUCCCGAGUUUCUGAUUCUUAUUGCAUGCCCCGUCUUAUGUUGCAAGGGCCCAUUAACUCAGUGUUUUCUCUAUUGCACAAUGUAUUUGUUUUUAUUCUGUUUUAUGUUAUUGUCGAACCUGUAUAACCCAUGUAUAGAGGGGUGAGUGUAUGUAUGAUUUGUAUAUAUUUAAACAGCAAAUGUUCCAUUUAUGUGUUUUGGUUUUUAUACUACUUAGUUUUUUGGGUGAUUCUUUCUUAAUGUCAGUUUUGCUUUAAACACCCUUGUUAUAUAACACUCUAAUCACAAGGUAUCUACAAUUCUACUACAGAUAGAGUAACAUAAGGCUUAAUUUCUAUCUGUAAUUGUUGGGUAUCACUAGUUGCUGAUCAUGUGCUACAGUAACAGCACGCACCAACCCUUCUCUUCUUGUAGCUGUACUUUAUUUCUCUCAUUGUCGGAGUGUAAGUUCUUAUCUAAUGCUACCUCUUUUCACCUUGAUCUGACUUUCCUGGACAUGAGCCGUCAGAUGACAGUUAUCACCAGAAAAGGUAAAGAUAAGCGUAGGUCAACCCAACCCAAUACCCUCUCUGUCAUUUUCCGUAAAGGAGCACCUACACAACGCACGCAAACUGGGGCCGGGUUUUAGAUGAACACUUUCAAACAUGUAAUAAAUAUUAUAUAAAGGUCCAUAAACUGUUGAAAGUAAACCAUUCAUGCUCUGUGCCAAACCCAAUGGUGGGUAAAUGUAAGAAAACAAUGCAAAUCGAGGGAACAAGGCUGAACACUCAACUGGAACCAAAGGCUGAAACGCUCCUAAGUCAUGUUAAUCUUAUAUUGUAAAAUGUACUGAAACCAAAGUCUCUUGGUACAAAACACUAGUCUCAUAUAUUUAUCUGUCUAUAGAGACCUAAUCAUUAAUUCAUCAUCUAUUUUAAUCAAACUGGAUUAUAACACUUGGUGCGUAGAAACUUUUACAACAACCAAACAGGAUCUGCAUUCUGUUGGUUCUUAAGUUUUCGUGUGGUCCACUUUAUAUCUAAUUCGGAGCAUGUGAGGGCAGUAUAGCUAAGCAUUUACAUUGAUUGCAGUUGUCUGUGACUUGGUUUGAUACACCAAGCAGGAGCCCUUGUUUCCAUUUUUGUUAAUCCCCUGGUGUAAAAGGCUCUUGUUGUAAUAGAUAGACGGGAAGAAGCAAAGGUAAUAUCCUAUGGAUGUGUGAACCAUUGAAAUAUCUAGUAACAAUAUACUAUUUAUGCCUAGCAUCAGGAUCAAAUGGCACAGCCACUGCUAGCUAAAUUUAAUGGGACACUAUAAGCAUCAAGAUAACUUUAGCUUAAUGAAGCAGUUAUAGUGUACAGAUCAUGCCCUUGUAGUCUUACUGCUCAAUUCUCUGCCAUUUAGGACUUAAAUCACUUUGUUUAUAUAGCCUUAGCCACGCCUCCCUGCAUAGAACAGUACAGUUUGCCUAAACACUUCCUGUAAAAAGAGAUUUAAUGUUUAAACUUCAUGUAUAUCACAGUCUGUUUGGAAUUUAUAAUCUCCUGCUCUGUUAAUAACCUGCUAGACCCUGGAUGAGCCUCUUGUGUGUGAGUGAAUUUCAAAUUGCAGAGCAGGGGUAAUAACUUCUAAAGCAAGUUAACAUCUGUUCGAAAAUUAAAACUAUUUUUCAUGCAGGCUGUGUUAGUCACAGGCAGGGGCGUUUUUUUAUGCUUAAAUGGCAGAUAAUUGAGCUAACAUUGUUUUGAUGUCUAUAGUGUCCCUGUAAUUGAAGGUUAGACUUGCCAUAUUUAUAGGUAAGAUAACUGGUAUUUUAAUGCAGGAUUAAAGUAAUAUCAUUCCUAAAUAUGUUAUGUCAUCAUUAAGACAGAAUAAAAAUCAAGGUACUUAAAACAUAUACUAUGACAUCUCUGCUUGCUUCUGAAAAAGGCACAGGCCAGGCAUUUUAUGCAAAAUCAACUUAAAGGGACACUAUGGUCACCAGAACAACUACAGCUUAAUGUAGUUGUUCUGGUGAGUAUAAUAGCUCCCUUCAGGCAUUUUCAUGUAAGCACUGCCUUUUGGCAGUUUGACCUCCAACGCCGGUGGACCUGUGGAGAGCUGAAAAUAAGGCGAUUUUUAACCCAUUCUGAGCUGGCCAAGGAGGGAGGGCAAGCCACCUAAAUGGUGGGUUUUCACUAUUAGGUCAGGAAUACAUGUUUGUGUUCCUGACCCUAUAGCGAUCCUUUAAAUUUCCUAUGAUCUGAUGUUUUGACAUUGAAAUUGCCAACAUGCAUGUUACAAAGUUGCCAUUGUUGAUCCAUCUUUGCCCUCAAAGUGCAUUGAGUCAAUUGGUUCAAAUGUGAAUAAUGUAAGUCAUGUGAGAAUGAGCAGAACCAGGGAGUCAUGACAAGGUAAGUCAGUGUCCCGUCCGGACUUUUGAUAUUAAUUAUAGUGUAAUGGGUUAAAUAAAAUAAAUCAUACUUAAAUGUCAGAAAUCAUCCGUAUGAUACAGUCAAUUCAAAUGAAUUAAAAUAUGCUAAUCGACUAAAAAAGUACAACUUUACAAGUUAUUACAAUAAAAAUCAAAAACCUUGUAAAGCUAAAGAGGUUAUUUGGAAUGGAAAAUGUUAUGAGAUGUUUGUGUUUUGCAUUCUACAUUUCUUUUCCUCUGAAAUCUUCAUUGUUUUAUAUUUUUUAUCUACGACAUGGGAAUUUCCAUUCAGUUUUGUGUAUGUACUCAUAUUGUCCCAGGAAUGCUUCCGAGAAUGAGUCAUACUGAGGAGGGGAAAAGGUUCUCCCAGAUAUUUCAUUUUAAGGUCAUGUCCAUUAAAUGUCUCCCGGGACAAAGACUUUUAUUUUGUUUCAUAGUACCGUUUUUUUUUGUUUGUUUUUGUUUUUUUUGCAGUUAAAUCCUCUGUAGGAACAAUUUUAUAUCCUUUUACAGGCAUGAGGAGUUUAGCUUAUAUUUUAGCUAAUGUUAAUUUCCGGGGGAAACUAUAUUACUGAACAGACAGAAAAUGUAAUUCUUUCCUAAGAAAACACAAAAUAGCUUUAGAUUAGUUCUCCAUAUUGUGAAUUCUGGGAUCAACAGAUUCUGUAAGAUGGGCUCUAUUUGGUGUUGCAACCUCAUCUAAAUGAAAAAAACAAACAAAUGUUAGCCAUAUUUCUUUUUUUUUGUAAUUUGUUUCAUGAUAUUUAUUUUAGUGGCUUGUGGGAAAAAUACUGGCCAGGUGAUCCCACUUACUUGAUAACUUAGGCAGUGGUAAUGGUAGGCAACCAUCGGCACUUGAGAUGUUGUGAACUAAACCUCCUAUAAUCCUCAUACAGCCAUAAUGCUAGCAAAGCAUCAGGGGAGAUGUAGUCCACAACAUCUGGAGUGCCAAAGGUUACCAACCCCUGCUAGAGCUUGCAAGGUUUUAUCCGAAGCCUCCAGGUUAGACAGUAGAACUUCUACACACUGGGUGGGACAGCUUUGCCAAUCCUUGUCUGGAAUAGUUAUGCCCCAACAAAAUGUUCACCAAUUUGUAGAUAAGGUCACUGACUUUUUAAGUUGACCUGCCUACUUGUUUGAGAAGGUCCCCCUUUGAACCCACUUGCCUUUGCCUAUCCUGAAUGUGUGAGACCCAGACUAAUGAAAAUAAGGUUAGCUAGAUUUGCUUCAUAUUUAAGGGCUGAAUAUUGGCCUCCUGGCAUUGCUCAUUCUAAGUUAGAGGUAUUAAAUGUGUCAGCCACUAAUGACAAUCCUGUGUUCACGUAUCCAUCACCGUCUCCUCUUGGACAGUUCUUGGACACCAGUCAUGGUGUCAGCUCCUACUCUCAGUAUGGCAGUUUUGUAAUGCGGAGUAGUGUGUGAUUUUUAUUGCUGUGCAGAUAUGUCAUACAGAGUAAAUAUUUAUAGAUCCAAAAAUAUGAUUUACAAAAAAGUAGGUCACUCAAAGGGAGGAGCCCUCAGUAUGAGGGAUCCACAGUGACUGCACUUCAAAGACAUGUUUCAGUACUUUUUUCAGUACUGAGACCAGAAUACCAAUGGAAAAAUGGGUGUUAUAUAACUAUAAAUUCAGUGGAGAACUCUUAGCAAAUGACAUGUAUGAUUAAAGAAAUAUAAAUGCUUUAUAAGACUAUUCUAUCGACAUGCAUGUUACAAAUUUUCCCGUGUUUUUUGCGUUUCAUUGCAAAAUGUAUUUAAUCAUCAUCAUUUUUGAACGCAUGUCAUUUUUGUGGCAAUGCAAUGGAUUGAUUGAUUUUUAUGUCACUUUUUUUUCACCACAAAGGUGUCCUUGUUCAGAUCUGUGUUCUGUACAGAUCAAGUAAAACAAAAUGUUUUGGGUAGUAUGAAGAAAUUAGCAAAUUAAUGAAAAUAGAAUACAGCAUGGUGAUGUUGCAGUGAAUGUGAUCUGCUUAGAUUUAGCUAAAUCAUUUGACAUGGUUCCACACGGAAGCGAUUGUACAAAUUGAAAGAGGCUUAGUGAAAAUUAUUGCACUUGGAUUUAACCUGAUUAAAUAUAGUGGUGCGAGGUUUUCUUAAAGGGAAAUGCUGAACCUUGAUAAGAGUGGCUAGUGGAGUUAUUUACAGGGAUACUAUAGGCACCCAGACCACUUCAGCCAAUGUAAGGACUAACAGAGGGGUGAGGUGUGAUAGAACUGACUAGAGAGGAAAAUCAGGAAAAUCAGUCUGGUUACAGCACUCACUCUCCCAGUCUUGUACUUACCUGGGUGUUACCUUUUCCCAAAAUAUAUAAUAAGAAAAGUGCACUGACAGGUCUCUGUAGAUGAAUAUAAUUUCUUUAUUGUGCAAUAGAAUCUGUCAACGUUUCAGUCCGACAUGGGACUUUUUUCAAGACUUUUUUAACAUAUAUAUAUAUUUGUAUUUCCAAAAAGAAUAAUUUAGAAUAUGUUCCAAUGCAACAAAGUAUGGUAAAAUGAUAUUGCAUUUCUUGUUUCGCAAACUGUAGUCAGAUCGUACUGUAUCACGUAACUUAUUUAUACCGUUUAGGUCCUGCGUAAUUAAUUUUAUGAAGCUCGAACACAAUAAACAGAUGCAGUGUCUGCUGCGUGACCUUCGAUUUGCUCUGUGACCACAGAAGCAAUCAGAGUAGGAAAAAAUGUUUCACUGCAAGAGAUUCCAAGUAGAGCAGAACUCAGAUCGUAAGGGGUCACAUUUUUCUGAUUAACAUUUUCCCUUUAGCUUGCACUAAUAAAAUGCUAAUGGUUAAUGUUAGUAUUCAUAAUGUAUGCCAUAUAAUACUGCCCUCCACUGUCUGAAUUCAAUACCUGCACAUUUUACAUUUCAUACAAGGUUGCAAGCGACUUAUGGAAGACUAGUAGGAUAUUUUGGAAUUGUUGAAUUUAUUCAGCUACGAUUUUAUAACUUUUGCUAUACUAUCAUAAAACACAAAAUCUAAAUUGAUGCUCAUCUGCUACUAUGUGAGCUGUAAAACAUAGGAUAUAUGGGACGUACUUUCUCUGUUAUUAACUCAUUAAGAAUCAGGAGGAUGUGCAAGAAAAUGAUUAGCUAGCCAGUCUCAAGUAGAGGACGGUAAUUUGUGGAUUGUAAAUAUUUUUGCAGAAAACUGUAGACAUGUAAUGUAUCUGGUUCUAUAAGCUACAUCAUCUGUCCCUUUAUUACAUUGUCACAUCCAUUGCUAGGUGUUGAGAGUGUGAAUAGUUCUAGAGAAGAUUUUUCCACCCCUGGUUAAUUUGAUGUAUUGUGACAACCGUGCAAAUGUGCAACAUGCCCUCUACCUAACAUGCCAUUUCCACAUUCUUUCUCUAUCGGAUCAAGGACUGGAAUGGCUAAAUCCCCUAAUCACUAGCCCAAAAUAUUUGGUGAUGGUUUGUGCUGUAACAUGUUGACAUUUCCUAAGGGCACGUACAUUAAACAUGAACCUUCUUAGUUCUUAAGGUGACAUAUCUCUUAACUACCAGGACUACAAAGGAUUUCACAAAGCAUCACAUGUUUCAACUUUGCCCUUACAUAAUCUGUAAAACAGGGAGAGAAAUCAUGGAGGGACAUCUUCCAUACAUCAUAAUGCGUAGAAAGAAGUAUUGAUCUACCUCAACAAUUCAUUGUUAAUGCAGUUUGUUUUUGUAAUAAAAGUCAGAGCUGACGUUUUGAAGCCCUGAUAUAUAUUUAUUUUAAUAUAGAUAUACACUAACUAUUUUAUUUUUAUGUUUUCUUUACAGUUUAAAAACCAUGAUGUUGCCUACAAGACUAUCUGCAUUGUGUCUUCUUGUGUUUGUAAUCUCCGAGGUGGAGCCACAUAGUUCCAACUGGAAACCAAUGUGGCCAAGUUACAAAGUUCCAGUUGUUCUUCCACAAGCCACAUUAAGUUUGGGCAAAGCUCAGUUUAAUGCAGAACCCAGGCUAGAUGUGGCCUCACCUUGUGGACCGGAAUGUCACAAACAUUACUCAUUACCUACUUUGGAAGAGCUCAAAGAAUAUAUGUCUUAUGAGACUUUGUACUCUAAUGGAAGCCACACUGAGACCGAAGUAGGAAUUUAUGUUCUUGGGAGCAGUGUUUCGUCAACACAAAGUGGUGGUAAAUCACGCACCAAAAGACAGAUCUAUGGAUAUGAUAGUAGAUUUAGCAUAUAUGGGAAGGACUUUUUGUUAAAUUAUCCUUUUUCCACAUCAGUGAAAUUAUCCACCGGCUGCACUGGCACAUUGGUAGCAGAAAAACAUGUCCUAACAGCAGCUCACUGCAUCCACGAUGGUAAGAGUUAUGUCAAAGGAGCACAGAAGCUAAGGGUCGGUUUCUUAAAACCCAAGCAUAAAGAUGGUGAGAAGGCACUAAACCAGACAAAUUCUAGAAUUCCUGAUAAGAUGAAAUUCCAGUGGAUUCGAGUGAAAAGGACACAUGUGCCAAAAGGUUGGAUCAAGGGUAAUGCCAAUGACAUAGGUAUGGAUUAUGACUAUGCCCUGUUGGAACUUAAGAAACCUCACAAAAGAAAGUUCAUGAUGAUAGGUGUCAGUCCCACCAGCCGGCAAUUUCCAAGUGGUAGGAUUCAUUUCUCUGGCUAUGAUAAUGAUCGACCAGGCCAUCUCGUGUAUCGGUUCUGUGAUGUCAAGGAAGAGACCUAUGACCUACUGUAUCAACAAUGCGAUGCUCAACCUGGGGCUAGUGGAUCUGGUGUGUAUGUAAGGAUGUGGAAGAGACAGAAACAAAAAUGGGAGAGAAAAAUCAUAGGAAUAUUUUCUGGGCACCAGUGGGUAGACAAGGACGGUGACAAGCAAGAUUACAAUGUAGCUGUGCGUAUCACGCCUCUCAAGUACGCACAGAUAUGUUUCUGGAUUAAAGGUAACUAUAUAGAUUGCAGGGAUGGAUAAAUGCUUUCCUUCUGUCUCUCUUAAAGAACGAACCUUAAAACAUGGGAAUAUCUUGCGUCAAAGAGAAACAAAAAUUGGAGAACUAUUUGUUAUUUAAAUCCCACACCUUAACCACCAAGCCACUAUAUUUACUUACAAGAGCUACAACAAUGCAAGGAUAAUAUAAACUGAAACACUGAAUGUUAAAUCACACCUUUAUCUCUCAUUAACAGUAGUAAUAACGGAAAAUACAAAUGAACUGAGAUGGCUACUGUUGAAAAAUGCUAACAUGUUAUUGUUUUCUGUGACCUUCACUCUACAAAUGUCAUGGACAAAUCCCAUCAAAUUCAGCCAGAUGGAUGUUGGUAGAUACAGUUGGGCAGCAACUUGUUAAUGAUUUAAAAAAAAAAAACAGCCCAAAAAUGGGGCAUGAAGUUUUUUCAACUCAGUGAUAAUUUACUCUGUGAGACUCUACCAUUAUUUUAAAUGGAACCUCCAAUGGAUAUUUCCAAUGGUUUCAGUUAUCUAAAGGUCAUGUUUUACUAUGCAAAGUAUUGAUUGUAGAAAAAGAAGAGUUAACUUUCCAAAACUUUUCAUGCACUUUGUUUUGUUUUUGUCCAAGUCUAGGAUACAAGAUACAAAUUUUGAUCUUUUCAUUUCUAUUUCUGAUCAUGACCUUUACUUUUAAGUGGAACUGUCAACCACCCAUUGAAUAAAACAUUAAAAAACAAUUAUGGCUUGUGCUAACCCUUUUUUCAUGUGAUGCUACUUUUGUUUAUAAUUUAUAAUAAAGAUUUAGAAAAUUAUAUCACAAUCUAGUUCAGUCCAAGCACGCCAGAGCACACAUUUCAUAUAAAAUAAAUCAGUGCCGAUUUCCUUUUUUUAUUUUAUUUUCCAGACCUCACAGACACAUAUGUUUAAUAUAUGGGAUAAGUAAACACAAUUUUAAAAAAAGUUACAAUUCUUCACUACCAUAACCAUUUACCAUUACCAUAACUCUACCAUUUACCAUUACCAUAACUCUACUAUUUACCAUUACCAUAACUCCACCAUUUACCUCUCCCAUUUACCAUUGCCAUAACUCUAUCAUUUACCAAUACCAUAACUGUACCAUUUACCUCUACUAUUUACCAUUACCAUAACUUUACCUUUUACCAUUACCAUCACUCUACCAUUUACCAUAACUCUACCAUUUACCAUUACCAUAACUGUGUUAUGUAACUAUUUAACAUCUUUCAUGAUGAUUGUACCUUUGACGGGAAUGUUUUUUUUGUAUGCCUUAUUGGUAUUAAGGCAGUUUGUUUUUCUAUGAUCAAUGCUCUAGCUAGUGCGAGCGAUAGCGAUAAGUCUUUUGAAAUUGAACCAUUAAGCCUGUUACUGGUACAUUACCCUUACAAGUCACAGCUAACAUCGUUACACCCAACAAAUGAUUAUGUUUGGAGUUUUAGUGUGUAACACCCAUUUCCAUUAUGAAUCUGUGCAGCACACAGCAGGCAUGUAGUAUAGUUAAAGACAGACUCCUAGCUAAUGUAGUGUCCACAUGUUCUUACUCUAAAAAAACAAAAACAAAACAAAAACAAAUUAUAUAAUGUUUGCCUGUUGAGUGAUUACUGCUAAAGCAGUGGAUCAGUCUUCCUGCUGUUCACAUUUUCCAAAAUAAAAAAGCU